AUGCCUGGGCAACCGCUCAGAGUAUAUAUCGACGCGUUAACGCGGGCAGGUGAGGCGGACUUGGGCGUCACGGGAAAGCCGCAGAAUCUGCAGAUCGUCGGGGACCAGCUUUAUUGGCUGCAAGGCACCAAUCAAGAGCUCUUCGUGUUGAAUCUCACUGAAGCUAAUGCGGUUCCCAGGCGUGCUUUUGUUCCGCACGACGACGCGGCGAAGGAGCGGCAGCAGGGGAAGAAGGAUUUCCUCCCUGAGUCCAAAGAGGAGGAGUUGCUGCGCGAGCGGCAGCGCACGCGUGUGAGUGGCAUCAGCAGCUACCGCAUCCGUCCAAGCGAUGGUGCCAUUUUUUUCACCUGUGGCAUGAACUUGUUCCUUUACCACCCGUCAAGCACGUCGCCGCCGCUGAGAGUUUUUGACUACAUCAGCGAGGAGGUAAAGCAGCGGUGCUUCCCGUCGAUGGGCAGCAAGCCGCUCCUUUGUAUCCAGCACCUGUCUUCGUGGGAUGAAGGCACUGCUGCCGCACACAGUGCUUCCAACAGAGAGAGCAUUGUGACAUUUGUGCGCGGAAGCAACUUGUACGUGGCAACCAUUGUGGAGCAGCAGGGUGAUGCACGGGAGGCCGCGCCGCUCGAUGUGCGCGUGGAGAGUGUGACGACAUUUGGCGACGAACUCCACGAGUGCGGCACCGCCGAUUACAUCAUGCAGGAGGAGUUCGACCGCUUCACUGGCCACUCCGCGACGGAGCGGUAUGUGCUCUUCACCUAUACUGACACGUCGAUGCUGCAGGAGGUGGUACUCAUCGACGGCAGCACGAGCUCCGGCGUGGAGAAGAUGCGGUACCCCCGCGUCGGUGACGCCAACGCCCGCACGCUGCUUGUUGUGUAUGAGCGCAGCAGUGGGCGCUACCGCAUGGUGCCGCAUCAGGCCAUAACAGCAGCAGCACCGUGGGUAGAGUAUCUUCCACGCUUCGGCUUUAAAGACAAAGAGACGAUUUAUUUUUCUCUGCUGAGCCGCACCCAGGAACGAUACUGCGUGCUGUCGUGCCGCAUCGAUACACUUCCGGAGGUAGACGAGGCGACUCUUGCAUCAUCCCUCCGUGCCACUGGCCACGAUACCGGCCACAAAGCAGUUGUUCAGGCAGCGGUUCCUUUCACUACUGAGUGGGAACAGAUCAUCACGUGGGCGUGGGUAGAGGUGCACCCUGGCCCACCCAUUGUGUUUGGCCAAAAACACGACGUCAUGCUGCGCUACGCCAGCGAGACAAAAACAGCGCACUGUCAUCUCUACGUGCGAGAGGGUGGCUGUAGCAGCAAGGACUGGCGGCCACUGACGCAAGGAGAAUGGAACGUGAGGCCUGGAAGCGUACAUGUGCUGGACGACAGUGUCGUCUUCUGUGCGAAUGCAGACAACAGACUGGGGAAUACGCUAUACAGUGUGUCGUUUCUAGCUGCCACCACAGGCGGUGCAGCUGCGGCGCAGCUGACACGGCUCUCACCUGCGAAUGAGCACGUGUAUAGUUGCACCGUCACGAAUGGAACGCUCUGCUAUGUCUCGAGCACAGCGUCAACGCCACCGAUGUUAUAUGUCACAUCACUGAGGGAUCCCAAAACACGCUGCUGCGUGCACUCCAAGUCGCUGAAUGGCACAUCCGAGAUGGGAGGGACGACGCAGUUCACACGCGAUACGCUUAUUGUACCGUCUGUCGUCACCGUCAUGAGCCGCCGUGGCGUGCCACUCGGCGGUCGACUGUUUGCAUCGCCAUCCGCUGUUGCAGGGAAGCCAAGCCCCUUGGCAGUGUACGUCUACGGCGGUCCGCACGUGCAGCUGGUGUACGACAGUGACUACCAGAUUGUCUGCAGCCCCCUCAUACAGCUUCUGGCGAUGAAUGGCAUAUCUGUAUUGGUUGUGGAUGGGCAGAUGAGCAACGCCAACGGCCUGCGUGACCUGAGCAUCUGCAAGCAUAACAUGGGGAGGUUUGAAACGUCAGACUACGUUGACUUCGUAAAGCACAUGACGACAUCGUCGCAGCUUCCAGGCGACUUCAUCGCCGAUCCUGCACGCAUUGCCAUCUUUGGCUGGUCCUACGGUGGAUACGCGACGCUGCUGGCGAUGUCGCAGGCGGCAGAUGUGUUCAAAAUUGGCUUCGCAGGCGCCCCUGUUGGUGAUUGGACGUUGUACGACACGGGCUACACAGAACGUUACAUGGGCGAGCUGCACAGCAACAUGGCCGCGGCAGCUGGCACGGACCAAGCUAUAAGCGCGGCAUACACACAGAGUGCCAUCAAGGCAUUCGUCUCCAACUUCCCGGAUGACCUGAAUCGUGUCUUUAUCGCGCAUGGGCUCCUGGAUGAGAAUGUUCACUUCUCCCACACGUGCGCCAUCAUCAAUGCAAUGGUGGAUGCAGGCAAACCCUUUAGCAUACUAGCUUACCCCGGCGAGCGCCAUGCACUUCGACAGAAGAAAGCCUCUCGCAGACACCAUGACGCCAUGCUAGUGAAAACUCUUGUUGAAAUGCUUUGA